CUCCAGGGUUUCCUGUCUCACCAUGGACUGCAGAUUGGUAAACUGAUCACCGAUCACCAUCGUCGACUGGCCAAGCAUGUCAGGGAAAACCUACCACACGUCUUGCAUACGUAUGAUGUCUGGCAUAUAGCAAAAGCUGUCCAAAAGAAAGUCCAUGCCCUCGCUAAACAGAAGAACUGUGACGAUCUUCUUGGUUGGGAGAAGAGCAUCAACAACCAUGUGUAUUGGGUUGCAUCUUCAACUCAGGACCAAGAAGAGGAGCUUCGUGGUGCAAAAUGGAAUUCCUUGGGAAACCACAUACAGGGGACACUCAGGACAUACACUCUGGACAUUCAGCCAUCUUCCCAACCUGUCUUCAUGGAGACCUACAGGAAGAAAGAGCCAAGAAUUGGCUCAAGCCAGGCACAAAAGUGGCCGAAAAGUUUGAUGACGUCAUCAAUAAUACAACCUUGGUGAAGGACAUCAAGAAAAUGCCAUCAGGUCACCAGACAUCAUCUCUCGAAUCCUUCCAUAGUGUCAUCAAUCAAUUUGCGCCAAAAAUGAAGUCGUACAGAUAUCAUGGCAUCCUCAGCAGGAUUCAUUUGGCAGCACUACACUACAACGCAAACAGUGACAGAGAGCAGGCAAGGACAAGUAAAGGGGACCUACACUAUAGUAUUCGAAAACCAAAGUACAAGCCAGGAAGUGCUUCAGCUAAGCCAGUCAAAGAACCAUGCAACUACUCCUAUGUUGAGGAACUCAUGGCUGAUGUAUCGGAGCAAGACUUUGACACUUCACCACCAGAGAGGCAGCCAUCACCACCACCUUUGAGCAGCGGCCAUGUGUACCCCCCCAAAGAGGAGAUAAUCCGAUGCCAUCACAGCCGAUUUUCCAAAAAAUGAUUGUAUUGUGCUGUAUGUACACAUCAGAGAAACUUUUGAUGGGCAAAUGUGUGUCAUGUAUGAUCUUGUGCCUUUUUGGGUCUUUGAAAACUUUUUCAGUUCUGUUUC